AUGACGGGUAAUCAGAUUCGUAAAGGCGAUUCUUCUUCCGACCCUGAAACUCCAAUCUCAAAUGAUUCUAAUGGUCUUAAUAAAGUAAAAAGUAACAAAGAUGAUAACGACGAAGCUUUAACUAAUGAAAUAAAAUUGGAAUCAUCAACCAUCACUGCAACAACACAAACUGCAUCAACUACAAUUACCACCACAAAUAACACUACUGAUGCUGAUAACACUUCCAUUAAAUCACCCAACACAAAAGCAUUAACAAAGUAUGUCAAUCAAAGACAUUAUUUUAAUGAUAUUGGUUCAACCAGGAUUGCUCACCAUGUUGUUAAUGUCAUUUCAAUUCAUCCACUGGUAGAAAAUGGAUAUUUGUUAUUCAUUAUUGAUGAGCAAUUAGUAAUUGGAAAGUAA